AUGGCUGAGUUCGGAGACUUCAUAAGCGCCGCGGGGGAGUUCGGGCGGUACCAGAAGCUCCUGAUACUGCUCCUCUGCCUCCCGCAGUUCCUUACCGCUUUCCACAUGAUCGGCCAGGUGUUCAUGGUGGUGGACGUGCCUCACCACUGUGACACCAGCUGGAUCCGUGCCGUGGGGCCCAACCUGACAGAGGAAGAGCAGCUGAACCUCACCCUGCCCCGGGACGCGGACGGGGCGUACGAGCGCUGCUCCCGGUACUCGCCGGUGGGCUGGGACCUGGGCUCCAUCCUGGCGUACGGCCUGAACGCCACGGAGGGCUGCAGAGAUGGCUGGGUGUACCCCUCAGCACAGCCCCCCUCCCUGCUCACCGAGUUUGACCUGGUGUGUGACAAGAAGGACCUGACUGACAUCUCCCAGUCUGUCUACAUGAUGGGGCUUCUCCUAGGAGCCCUAACCUUUGGGCCACUAAGUGACAGGCUUGGCCGUCGGCCGAUGUUUCUGACCUCCAUCUUUCUCCAGGCUGUGUUUGGGGUGGGAACUGCCUUUGUGCCCCACUUCUAUGUGUACAUGGCCUUCAAAUGUGUCGUGGGGGCUGGAGUGUCCGGGACUCUGAUUGUCACCUUGGCCUUGUCUACAGAGUGGGUUGGUGUCUCCCAGCGGCCAAAGGCAGUGCUUGCUUCUCACUGCUGCUCUGCCCUUGGCCAGAUGAUCUUGGCUGGCUUAAGUUAUGGGAUCCGCCACUGGAGGCUGCUGCAGAUUGCAGGGUCUGCUCCAAUGUUUGCCCUCUUCUUCUACAUCUGGGUGCUCCCAGAAUCAGCUCGGUGGCUGGUGACAAAAGGCAGAGUAGAAGAAGCUAAGAAGCUCCUUCAGAAGGCAGCAGCCACAAACAAGUGCACCAUCCCACCAGGACUCCUGGAGCAGCUGAAGCCUGAGAUACAGAGCAAGCCUGGAAGUGUCCUGGAUCUCUUUCGGAAGAAGCACCUCCGGAAGGUGACCCUGAUCAUGUCAUGCACCUGGUUUGCAGACAGCCUUGUCUACUAUGGAUUGAGUCUGAACGUGACAGGUUUUGGUCUGGACAUCUACCUGACCCAGCUUGCCUUUGGGGCAGUGGAGUUACCAGCUCGGAUUUCCUGCAUAUUCCUUUUUUGGUUUGGGAGGAAGAAAACCCAGGCUCUGCUCCUGCUGCUGUCUGGCUUGAUAUGUCUUGUCAUCACUGGCAUCCCUGAAGACCAGCCCUUGGCAACCACCAUCCUGGCCAUCAUUGGCAAGUCCACAUCCACAGCUGCCUUCUCCACCUCCUAUGUCUACACUGCAGAGCUCUUCCCCACCAUCCUCAGGCAGACCGGCGUGGGGUUGUGCUCGAUGUCGGCGCGGGUGUCGGGGAUCCUGGCCCCCUUGGUGCUUCUCCUGGACCAGUACCACCGGGCCAUCCCCAUGGCCAUCUUCGGGAGUGUCCCCGUAGUGGUGGGGCUGCUGUGCUUCCUGCUGCCCGAGACCCGUGGCACCGAGCUGGCAGAUGACAUGGGGGUGGCUGCCUCCCAGCAGAGCAACAGGAGAUCAUCCACGGGAGACAACCCAGGCCAUGGUGUAGACUUGGAGAACAGCUAA